UGCGCCAGAGGAUCGUGUCAACGGCAUGUCUCGUGGGAGAGACUUGCACAGCGCUGUGCAGGCGAGCGCGUACCUGCAGCGGAGAAGAGGAACCAGCGGUAUCGCAGGAGGGUCGCACACGGUCGGCAGAGCAUGCCUGCUUGCUGCAGAGAUGGACGUAGCACCGGUGAGGCCUCAGCGCGUGCUGAUGCCGUGCCUCUCUGCAGUCAACCAGUCUUGACGCAAGCGCCGGGUGCUGGCGGUGAGCUGCCCGCGACUUCCACCACCGCGCUGCUCGCUACGACAACAACUGCCCUCGCCGUCGUGCCCACAACAACACGGCGACUCACGACUGCUACGCCCACGACGACGGCCGUGGUUGGCGUGAGUGCGCUGGAGCGCCUGAGUAAAGAGCGUCGGCUGAUCUUGGGCGUCGCCUACUCCGCAGGGUGCUGCGCUGGGUGGUGGUGGCGGAGCGGCGUCCAGCUUCGCGACGCUGCAGGUCAUCAGCGGCUACACGCCGCCGGCGUCGUCGCGGUUGCCCGCGCCGCAGGUGGCCGCCGGCACGUCGGUGGCGCCGGCCGACAUUCCGGGCUACAGCGAGGCACAGGCGGGCGGCGACAACCAGGCGUCGGGCAACAUCGGCAGCGGCGCCGCUGGGCUGGCAGGGUCCAGCGUCGGCGCCUCGCUGUUCGCGCUCUGCGCUGCAGUCGGCGCCGCGGUCGCACUCGCCUGAGCCGGCCUUCUCUCGCGCGUCGGCAGCCGUGACGCCGCAAGCUCGCAUUGCUUUGCCAGACGUGCUGUACCGCUCGUUAUGACGCCCGCCGCCUGCCCAAUCUCCGUCCCAUCUGCGCCGUCCUCGCGACGAGCAGCACACAUACUAUCACUCAUCUCUCGGCGUCCGCGUGCGGUCGCUUGUACAUCGUAGCCUCUACACAUUUCUCCACC